UUAGGGAUGAGGGACCUAUUCACCUUCACUCUGCGCAGAGUUGCAAUCCCCAAGAACGCUCCGACGGACAGCGAUUUGAGAGAAAGAACAGCCAAAUCCGCAUCCAUGUCUUCCCACAUUCUUUACCUCCUUCUGUUCGUUAAUUUUCUUCGCCUCUCUUCAUCAGGUUCCAUCUUCCAAGAAUGACACAUGGAAUGCCUUGAAGCUUGCUCGAGAGUCACUUCCAUUUGAGAACAUAAAUGUGAGAUUCCAUGUCGGUUGGAGAGGAGAACGAAACAUUCUUUAUAAAGGUGUGGAAACCUUUCCCUAGUAGACGCGUUUUAAAAAAUUUGAGAGGAACCCCAAAAGGAAAAUCUCAAAGAAGACAAUAUCUGCUAGCGGUGGACUUGAGCGGUUACAAUAAAAGUCUCACCAGCUAGUACUACAAAUCCAGGGAUACCACCAUCUUCGUUGAUGGCAUUUUUAACAAAGAACUCGCAGAUAUCUGGGUGGAUUAGAAGACUUCGAUACAGAACUCGCAGAUAUCUCGAUGAUUUUCAUAAUCUAAACUCAUCGUCUAUUGAAGCCGCUGCUUUGCUUUACUCAUUGUUUAUCCUUGAUGAACGUUUCUCUACUCUUUAUUCUGGUUAUGUUCAUGACGAUUCAAGAUUUGUUUGGAAUUUUUUGGCUGACAGAACAUCUAUUCCUAAAGAGAAUACUAGCUCAGUCUGUUCACAGAAUUGUGAUGACAAAAGUGAGGUGUGCAUUAGAGUGGAGACUGGAAAGGGAACUUGUAUUAUAUCUACUACCAGCCUACCAGGUACGUUCCGGCAUACUCAACAAGAUUGAAGUUUGAAUCUGGAUCUUGGAAUGUGCUUCCUCCAAAUUCAUCAGACCCGCUGGGGGCUGUCGAUUCUGUUUGGACAGAGCAAUUGGAAUACCACAAGGCUCCGAAUGUAUACCGUUCAAGCUACUGCUUAUGAUCCUUUUGUUUUACUUGUUGGCAUUACUACCACAAUCUUAGCUUAUUUUGCCAUGGUAGUCGUGCAACUGUCAUAAUCGCAUUUUUCAUGGCAGCGUACUUUGCGAUUGUGUGGUACUCACCUCUCAACAACAAAUGCGUCAAGCCAAUACACGCGUCGCUUACGGCCGGGUAACAUAUGCUCAAGCCUCUUGCCUUGAUUUAAAAAGAAAAAUUUAGAAAACGGGUAGAGAGAUUUUGAAAGAGUUUGAAAGCAAAGAUUGAAAGAGACCGAAAGCAAUGUUAUAUGACAUACAAGCAAAAGGCAACACACUUGACUCACACUAACUCAAGUAGCAUAUAACUUUUUACAGUCAUACUCGUCUAGGGUUGUUGUCCAUGGUCGCAUGCCACAAUACUUUUAAGCACAAACUUAAAAAGUAUAAACAUUCUCUGUUACCCUUUAAAAACGUUCUUCCUUCCAAUCUUAAUGUCUCACCUCUUGUAAAAUGGUUCAAAUAAGGUAGGUGUGGUGAGGAUUAGACUGAGUGUAGCAGCUUGUAAAAUCUCUCACAUGUAAAGUUCAUGUUUUCUUAACGUCUCUAGUGCAUUUUGGACCAUUACAAGCUGUUCAUCAUUUUGAUACACUAAGCUCCAAAGCA